AUGGUCAACAGCUCGCUCAAGGAUCGGGUCUUGGGCAGCAACAUUGGGAUCUAUGCUUGUGCCAUUCUUUUACGCAUCGCCAUCUCGAGCUUCCCUUGGCUCGUUUCAGCAUUGUCUCAACGCGUCGAACUUGUCACUCCUGUAACCAGCUUUAAGAAAUUAACGGAAGGCGUCUUUCUUUAUCAAAGCAAUGUGCCUCCUUACGAUGGUGGCCAGUUUCACCAGCCGCCAUUAUUGCUCUGCAUAUUUUCAUUCUUGAUGGCAAUACCAAAUAGCUACGUUAUCCCGCUCUUGUACAGCUUUAUGGAUGUCGCCAUCGCCCACAGUCUUCAGAAACUCGCCAUCAUCAAACAACAAUACGAAUCCAAGCAAGCAAAGCUUGACGUUGAGCAAAACAUCCAACGCAUCCGGCCACAAACCAUUGCAAUCUUUUAUCUCUUUAAUCCAUUCACUAUUCUAUCAUGCGUCUCCAAGUCAUCCAUCAUCUUUACCAAUCUCAGCGUCGUCAUGGCAACCUUGUGGGCUUCAUUAGGCAAUGCAUCCUUGUCCAUGGUAUGGUUGGCGCUUGCAUCCUACCUAAGCUUUUAUCCGGCCAUGAUGGUACCGCCCUUGUUGAUCAUGUGCAAGCAAAUGGCAAAAAGGUCCAAUGCAUUGCUGGGUGUGGCCAUCUUUGCUGCUAGCGUUGCAGGACUUUUAUAUGGAUCACGGAUCAUUGUUGGCUCGUGGGAUUUCAUGGAAGCCACUUAUGGAGUCAUAUUGUUCCUUCCCGAUUUGACGCCCAACACUGGCAUGUUUUGGUACUUUUUUAUUGAGAUCUUUGAUCACUUUCGAUCCUUUUUCCUUGUGGUGUUUCAAUUGCACGCCUUUAUCUUUGCUGCACCGCUUUGUAUUCGUCUCAGAAAUCACCCAUUGUUGGUAGUGACGGUACUUGCAGGCAUUUUGGCAGUGUUCAAAAGCUAUCCAUCCAUUGGCGACGCCGCCUUGUUUCUCAGUCUUGUACCUCUCCAUGAUGAGCUAUUCAAAUAUUGUCGAUAUGGCUUCCUCGUGGUGAAUAUCUUCCUCUACUCCUCGGUGCUUGCUCCCAUCUUUUGGCAUUUAUGGCUAUACGCUGGCAGUGGCAACGCUAACUUUUUUUAUGCCAUUACUCUUGUUUACAACCUGGGCUUGGUGUUGCUGCUGAUUGACUUGGUUUAUUCUGCCACGAGACGUGAUUUUGAUAUUGCCAAUCCGGAUAGUAUAGGAAAGAACAUUGUGCAUAAAUAA